GAUAGAGAGGUAAAGAGCGAGAGAAGAUUUACAGAGGACAGAUUAGAACUGUCAUAGAGUUAUAUUUACAUUUUACAUUUUAGUCAUUUAGCAGAUGCUCUUAUCCAGAUAUAUACAUCCUCAACAUAUCAGGUUCAGCCAUGGAGCACAUGUGGCUGUACUCGGUGAGUCAGUGUGUGGUAUCUGUGUCGGUGAUCGUGGUGAGUGUGAGGAUGUCUAUGGGUGGUGGUGGGAUCGCGGAGGAUGGAGGAGGCCAGGGAGGAGGUGGUCAUACCCGGAGCGGGAGUGUUUCUGCCUGCCUGAAGUUGUGUCUGGGCUGGGUGGGGGCAAUAGGGGGUGCGGUGGGGGUCCCUGUCUCUGUGCUGCUGAACCUGAGGAGUCCCCAGUGUCUGUACACCUGCAUUACCCUGGUGUGCUGUCCUCUGCUGGUCAGGCAGUUCACUGUCUGCCUGCUGCUGCUCAUGACCCUCGACUCCCACCUGAAGCAUCGCAUGGGGAGCAGGUACAGUUCCCUGGUGACACGUCGGCGAGUCCUGUGUGUGGUCCUGCUGUGCUGGGUGGCCUCUGUCCUCUCCUCCUUUGCCCAGUUCAUCGGCUGGAAUGUCCUGGACACCUGGGGAGGGGCUGAGGGAUGGCUGGAUGGGCUGGAGCUGGACGACAUCCCCCCAGGCAACUGGACCUCCCCUCCUCCUCCCCCUCCUGCGCCCCCCAAGUACAACCAGGACCGCUCUGUGAUUGGGAAGUACCUCCCUUACGGCGGCUUCCUGUCCAAGUUCUACGUGGAGGAUCUCCAUAACUUCACUUACGCAGAGAUCCAUGGGAGCCACUGGGGGGUGUGUGCCCCCGACACCGUCCUCAGCCCCCAGUUCCUGGUCUAUGUCUAUGGGGUGACCGUCUUCCUGCUCCCCCUAAUGGGCCUGCUGGCCAUUUACCUAGACCUGGUCUGUGUGAUGCCCAGACAGGACCCUGAAGGCCCAGGCUCUGGCCCCCCAAAACGCAGCUCUCCCCGUGCCCGCUCUCUGGGCCUCUCCCUUUGCCUCCUGGUCCUCCUGUGCCUGCCCCUUCACAUCACCCACUCCCUCCUGCUUUUCUCCCCAGGCACACUGCCCCCGACCUGGGCUUUCCCGCUGGUCUCGCUCCUGUCGCAGCUCUACGGUCUGGUGCCCCCUCUCCUCUUCACCAUUCCCAUACAACGGGUGGUGGCCGAGCAGGCACCCCUGCCUCUGCCCCACCUGGCCCCCACAGGGAGUAAGGUGGUGGGCAGAGCCCUGUGUUCUGCUGUGCAGGGGGCGUCCUGCUCACUCAAAGGGAGGCUGUGCCCAGUUGUAUGUGUGUGACAUGGAAUGGGAAAACAGGGAAGGUGUCUGUGUAAAAGUGUUGUUACAACACCAGCAUUCCCAUCUCAUAUGUUAUAAUUCACUCUCUUAGGCUCUGUUUACACACAUAUCCAAUAUGGUAAUACAUCAAAAAUUGCUGAACAUCCAAUUUCCCUGGAUGUUUGUCCACAAACAUAAGUUCCAAUUAUUGUGUGUAAACAGGGCCAUGUAUCAUUGUGUAAUUCACAAGGAGCUUCUUUGUGUAUAUAUCCCUAUAAAUAUUAAUCAACCUGUCAGUAGCACAUACUAGACGUUAAUUCGUUUUUCACACACUGUGCUGUUUAAUCAUUGGGUCUCAUAUCAAAUAAGGUCACUAACCAGGCUUCCAUCCAACCUUUUUAUGCUGAGUAAAGUACAUGUUGGUUAAAAAAUGUAAAGACAGGCCUGAUGGAAACAGCUAAUUUGUCAGUAGACUUUCCAAAUGUCGGCCAAACAAACAAGGUGGGAUCUUUUUGUGUCUGUAAAAUUAAUUAUGUGAGAAAUGGCGUUGGAAACGCCUUUACGCGCAAAUAUUGAUAUAAUAAUCAUCAUACCGAGGUAAACUUGGAGUCACACGAUGAUAUGGUGUGUGGUCCUUCCACUACACUCGGGAAACCAUACCGUUUAUUAGGCUACAGAUGAAAUAAGUUAUGAUGAACUUCACAGGGUGGUGAAAAUGCAAGGUGAUGAACUUGAUGCCAUUUGACAAAUUAAAAUGAUCUUGCUCUUUUGUCCAUAAUAAUCUCAUCAACCACACUGUAUCUGCGAGCUGUUGUCUAGGGCGCAAGUGCCAUGACCAGAGUGGGCAUAUUCGCUAUAUAACGCAAACAUUUUUGUGACAAAACCAUCAGUAGAGUUGAAAAUGCAAUUAAAACCCAUUUAAAUUCUAGUUUUUAUUCAGUACAUUAUUUUUAUGUGCACUACAUCAUCAUGCACAGCCUUUUAUCAGCAACAAGUCAAUUUGUUGGAAACACAUCUCUGGUGGGAAAAUCUGUUGCCAAUUGGAUGGAAACCUAGCUACCAAGAGAGUAAAUAUCACGCAGCAGAAUUCUUCUAAUCUCACACUGAUCCAGAACUAAGCCUGGGACUAGAUCAGGAUCUGUCUGCAUUGUAACAUGCCUACUGCUGCUGCUGCUGCUGCUGCGGAUGCUAUAGAUCUAGCUUUGAUCAUGUUUAAUUAAACACACAGUAAUAACAGCAUGGUUGGUCCUGCGACGACCUCAUAAUUAUAGCAGAGAAACGGUCUUCCUGGCUGUUUUGAUUAACUGUGUAAAUCUAAUACUCUCCUUAAA